AUGCUUCUAUGCAAAGUCGAUGGUUGCAACGAGAUCUUCCCGUUUGUAGAAGUUGAGAACCACCGAAAACGUUGCCCCUCUGAAAAAUGCAUUCAUUGCGAGGAGACAUACUUUGCCAGUAGCAAAACAAAGCACCUGAAAGAGUGUUUGCCUUUUCUGAAUUCGGAACGAAGUCGAUUGAUGAGAGCUUGCUAUGAGCUUGAAAAAACACUGCAAGAUUACAACGAAUAUGCUGAAAUGACAGAGAACAUAAGCGAUCCUCUCUAA